CUUCUAGCCCAUAACAGACCAAAUUCAAAAGCUCAUUAGUUCUUAUCCUCCCCCAGAAGCUCCCUUCCAAUUGAGAAGAGAUGGAAUCAAUCAAGCUCAAGCAUCAAAACUACCCAACCAAUUGGAGCAAAUUCAGCAAUUCUCACUCCCUGCAGCUUGUGAUUUUGUUCUUUGUGAUACUUCUUAGUUCUUCACUAUUUCCUUUAAUGUUCCAGUUAAUGCAGUUCCUUAACUGCAAGAUGGGCAAGAACUACAUGUUCCUUCUUUGCAAUGGGAUUCUGGUUAUAAUCGUCAAGAAUUCAGGUCUCAUCAGCAAUUCUCAACCUCAAGAGUCUAAUCAAAUUACUGGUAAGAGCAGAGAAAAGAUUGGAGGAAGCCCCAUGAAAUCACAAGAAUUAUCAGAGGUGAAAACAGUGGUUACAGAAGAAAAAAAUGUGGGCAUGGAAGUUGAAGAAGCACGAGAAAUUGAGCACAAGUCUUCGAUUGUGGUGAGAAAUGUUCAUUUGAUCGCAAAAGACAAAGCUGAUGAUCAACAGUGGAUUGAGAAUGGGAUAGCUACGGUUGAAGAAGAAGAAGAAGAAGAAGAAGAAGUUGGAUUGUUGAGUGCAGAAGAGUUAAACAAGAAAUGUGAUGAUUUUAUAAGAAAGAUGAAAGAAGGAAUCAGAUUUGAAGCUCAAUGAGUCUUAAUUCAUUAGUGGCAGGGGAAGAGGGAGAGAGACUUACUAAGAUAUUUUAUGGGUUUUUUUUUUCCAUAAUUUUGCUGUGUAUAAAUAUUCUACAAGCCCUUGUCUGGUUUCUUGUAAUGCUAAUUAAUUUUCUGUGAAAUUUGUGCAUUGAGAAGUGCUCUAUCUACCAUUACAAAAUUGCGCAGUGCAGUGCACCCUUGUCUGCAUCAAUCGUCCCCCUAAUCCCUAUGCAUAAAAGAGACCUAACUUCUUGUGACAUGUAAAGGUAGCAAGAAAGAGAAUUAGUUUCUGUUAGGGUUGCUAAUAGUUGCUAGUUCCAAGUAACAGAGUCUUGUAGUUAUAUAAGAAUCAAGAUUUGUAAUCGGGGAUAUGAUAUCAAUCAAAUAAUACAAAGAAAUCUCUCUCUAAA